GUCCCCGGGGCGGUUCCCGGGGCCGUCCCUCCGGGGAGCCUCCCCCGGCCCGGCUCCGCGCUGAGGCGGCGGCGGAGCGCGGCGGGGCCGCCCGGCCAUGGAGCGCUACGAGAAGCUGGGCAAGCUCGGGGAGGGCUCGUACGGCGUCGUGUUCAAGUGCCGCAACAAGGACACGGGGCAGAUUGUGGCCAUCAAGAAGUUCCUGGAGUCCGAGGAGGACCCGGUGAUCCGGAAGAUCGCCCUGAGGGAGAUCCGCAUGCUGAAGCAACUCAAGCACCCCAACCUGGUGAAGCUGCUGGAGGUGUUCCGGAGGAAGCGGCGCCUGCACCUGGUGUUCGAGUACUGCGAGCACACGGUGCUGCACGAGCUGGGCAAGCACCCCCGCGGGGUGCCAGAAUACCUGGUGAAGAGCAUAACCUGGCAGACCCUGCAGGCUGUGAACUUCUGCCAUAAACACAAUUGCAUCCACCGAGAUGUAAAGCCAGAGAACAUCCUGAUAACAAAGCACUCGGUCAUCAAACUCUGUGACUUUGGAUUUGCCCGUAUCCUGACCGGUCCCAGUGACUACUACACCGACUACGUGGCCACCAGGUGGUACCGCUGCCCCGAGCUGCUGGUGGGGGACACGCAGUACGGCCCCCCCGUGGACGUGUGGGCCAUCGGCUGCGUGUUCGCCGAGCUGCUCUCGGGGGCGCCGCUGUGGCCGGGCAGGUCGGACGCGGACCAGCUGUACCUGAUCCGCAGGACCCUGGGGGAUCUCAUUCCCAGGCACCAGCAAGUGUUCAGCACCAAUCAGUUCUUCAGUGGGGUAAGAAUUCCAGACCCAGAGAGCAUGGAACCAUUGGAAAUGAAAUUCCCCAAUAUUUCAUACUCUGCACUGGCUGUCAUGAAGGGCUGCCUUCGGAUGGACCCAGCAGAGAGGCAGAGCUGUGAGCAGCUGCUGCAGCACCCCUAUUUUGACAGCUUUAGGGAGGCAGCAGAGCUGGGCAGAGAUCAUGGGAGGAGCCCUCGGAAACCAGCCAGGCUGACUCGGAAACACCUGCCCGGGCACCUGCCUCAGCUGACCUGCAGCAACGUUCUCCCAGCUUUGGACAGCAAGAAGAACUGCUGCACAACAAGGAAAUCAAAGUACCACUUCCCAAACAUCUGACCA